AUGGCUUCGGUCGUUGAAAUCGAUCGUUACAAUUUGAGACCACUGUCUGUAUCCUUGCUCGGUGAGCGGCCGCGGCUCCCUGUGUCCCAGAACGCCCUAAUUAUCAGUAGACGGUUUUCAAAAGUUGAUCCUGAGAUAGUCUUGAACUGCUACAAGCCGGCUUUUCAUGUUCUUCGCGGGAGCUGCAUUUUGGCCAAGCGGAACGCGGUUACUGCCGCCGCGGCCAGAGUGGAGGCAGACAGAUUUGACGACGGGCAUAAAGUGGAAAUUGACAAAGGCCAUAACUUGCCUGCAAUAGAGGAUAAUGCUUAUAAGCUUCAGAACAAGGCAAGUCAACUGAGGAAAAGAAUUGGUUUUGGAUUCGCAAUUGGGUUUGGUUGCGGAGGUGUGGUAUUGGCUGGAGGAUGGGUCUUCACUGUGGCCUUGGCAACUACUGUAUUUGUUGGUUCCCGGGAGUACUUUGAAUUGGUUAGGAGUCAUGGAAUAACUGCUGGAAUGACCCCGCCUCCUCGAUAUGUGUCACGAGUUUGCUCUGUCAUUUGCGCUCUUAUGCCAAUCUUCACAUUGUAUCUUGGUCAGAUUGACAUUCCAGUUACCUUUUCUGCUUUCGUUGUUGCCAUCGCAUUGCUUCUUCAGAGAGGAAAUCCUCGGUUUGCUCAGCUUAGCAGUGCAAUAUUUGGCUUGUUUUAUUGUGGCUAUCUGCCUUGUUUCUGGGUCAAGCUUCGAUGUGUUUUAGCAGCCCCGGCAUUGAAUACUGCAUUAGGUGCAGCCUGGCCUGUUUUGCUAGGUGGACAGGCUCAUUGGACUGUGGGCCUUGUGGCAACCUUGAUUUCAAUUAGCAGCAUCAUAGCAGCUGAUACAUAUGCUUUUAUGGGUGGCAAGGCAUUUGGCAGGACACCAUUGACAAGUAUUAGUCCUAAGAAGACAUGGGAAGGAACUUUGUGGGGCCUAGGGGGUUGUGUAACAACUACUGUUAUACUUUCAAAGAUAUUUUCCUGGCCAACAUCUUCACUGAGUGCCAUUGCAUUUGGGGUCCUGAACUUUUUGGGGUCCGUAUUUGGUGACCUUAUAGAGUCAAUGAUCAAACGUGAUGCUGGUGUCAAGGACUCUGGCUCUCUGAUUCCAGGACAUGGGGGGAUCCUUGACAGAGUGGAUAGCUACAUAUUUACAGGUGCACUAGCGUACUCAUUCGUCAAAAUCAUCCUACCACUCUAUGGUAUUUGA